AGCUGCCGGGUGGCGAGUGCAAAGUUAAAAAGCUCUCUCCGCUCCCCGCGCCUGGGCAGUGGGGACUCUUCACCGGUUGAACUGCUGGCUGCCAAAGGCGGAGAGGGGGGAUUCGAGAAAGCAGCCGGGCUUGGGAAGGACCCAUCAUGUCAACAAGCGGAGGCAAGAUCUAUCUGGUGACCGGCGGCUGCGGGUUUCUGGGGAAACGCCUGGUCCAGAUGCUUCUGGAGAGAGAGAAAGACCUUGCCGAAGUGCGGGUCUUUGACUUGCAUCUGGAUGAAAGUGUGCAACAGCUGGACAGAGAUAAGGUGGUCCUGAUCAAAGGGAACAUCAGCAACCUGCAGGAAGUGGAGGCGGCAGUGAAAGGAGCCCAUGUGGUCAUCCACGCGGCCAGCCUGGUGGACGUCUGGGGCCGGUUCCCGCCCUCGAAAAUCAGAGAGGUCAACGUGAUCGGCACAAGUUCAUCACUGGACAGCUGCUACUCGGAACUCCAGUGCACCUGGGUUUACAACAGCACCAUGGAAGCUCGGGGCCCAAAUGUUAAGGGGAGACCCUUCUACAGGAAAAACGAAGACACCAACUAUGAUGUCAUUAACAAGGAGCCCUACCCCGCUAGCAAGGCCAUGGCUGAGAAGCUCAUCAUUGAAGCCAACGGGCGGCCGAUCCAGGGUGGGAGGAAACUGGCCACGUGUGCCCUUCGGCCGACAGGCAUCUACGGGGAGGAACAUCCUCUGAUGAAGCAGUUCUUCGAGAAAGGGCUGGCCACGAAACGUUGCAUGAUCCGCACCAUCCCGGCCUCUAUCGAGCACGGCAGAGUCUACGUGGGCAACGUGGCUUGGAUGCAUUUGCUGGCCGCCCAAAAGAUGCAGGAGAACCCCUUGGCCGUCGGGGGCCAGAUCUAUUUUUGCUACGACGACUCCCCUUACAAAAGCUAUGAGGACUUCAACAUGGAAUUGCUGGGGCCCUGCAACUUCCGCCUCCUGGGCUCCCGGCCCCUCAUACCCUUCUGGCUCCUGUACUGCCUGGCGUGGGUCAACAGCCUCUUGCAAUGGCUGCUGAAGCCGAUCCACACCUACACACCGCUCCUCAACCCCUACACCCUGAGAGUGGUCAGCACCACCUUCACGGUCCAGACCGACAAGGCCCAGCGGCAGUUCGGCUAUCGGCCGCUCUACAGCUGGGAAGACAGUCGGGACCACACCGUCAAGUGGUUGAAGGAGCUGGACAGCCAAAAGCAGGCUGGGAAGUAGCCAGCCGACAAAGAGGGAGGAAAGGGGGAUUCUGACCAGAGUUUUAAGGAAAUGCAGAAGCCGCUGCUGCUGCUACGACCUCCUGACUUGCUCAGUGAAAAGACCUCCCCCGCUCUCACUCCGUCAAAUCGGAAACUUCCUAAUAUCUGGAGGAUGCGGUUGUAUCCAGCUGUGAACUGGGCCAUGCACUUAUCAGCAUUAAUUUUGAAAAACACGGGGCCUGCGCACAUCUCCUUUCUGAUCAAUAAACCCAAUGGUGCUUUUCCCCCCCGUCUGAGAACGCCGGCACCCUGCGAUGGCAAAACAGAAGGCGCUACACGUUGCUGUUGUUAUGGGGCACAGCCGACAAUCUCAGCCAGCUCCCGGGAUUUUGCCUCCGUCGCUUGUGAAUCUGUUUGGGGUCUGGGUGAAAUGCGCAACACUCGCCUCUCGAAUUAUCAUAUAAGUUGGGGGUUUUCUUUAGGCCCUUGAUGUGGAGCAUCUGGUCCUCCAAUAGGCCGAGCUGAUGUUCACGUAUCACUGGAUCAUAUAAUUCGGGGGUUUUCUUUAGGCCCGUGAUAUGAAGCAUCUGGUCCUCCAAUAGGCCGAGCUGAUGUUCACGUAUCACUGGAUCAUAUAAUUCGGGGGUUUUCUUUAGGCCCGUGAUAUGAAGCAUCUGGUCCUCCAAUAGGCCGAGCUGAGGUUCAUGUAUCACUGGAUCAUAUAAUUCGGGGGUUUUCUUUAGGCCCGUGAUAUGAAGCAUCUGGUCCUCCAAUAGGCCGAGCUGAUGUUCACGUAUCACUGGAUCUUGAAGUAUUGUUGGGAUUUAUAGCUGGUGUGUGCACCUGACACAGCGACAGCCUGAUAUCCAGUGAUGUGAGGAUGUAGCUGAAGCGAUGCGGCCUGCAGAGGGAAAUGAGUGCAGGCAAGUCUGGGACCAGGGUCCAGGAUUUGAUUUACCCUAACAGAACAAGAAGAGUUUAGAUUUAUACUGCCCCCUUUCUCUCCUGUAAAGAAAUCCCGAGACACGGGGUGUGGAGUUUGGCUUCUUAGGGGUGGGACUGAGAGGGGAAAAUGGAACUUUUCAACAUCAGGGUGGAGCUAAUUGGUUGCAUCUGACCACUUUCCGUGGGUGAAAGGUGGAAGAGAGGGUUCUUUCUGAUCACUGAAAAGGUUAUGUUGGGCAUUGUGGUAUCCCCAUGGAUCAAAGUCAGUUGACUAUGCAGAGGAAGGGAAUCGAGUGGGCAAACUCUUGAGACACAGCCUGGUAAUUCUUCACCCACAAGUUUUAACUCCUUCCCCCCUGGGGACCAGGAAGAACGCUGAGACACCAGGGCCUUUCCUUUGAGCUACCAGCCCUAAACAGAUCAAUUGUAUCAUUCACUAGUACAUAUUAGAGGUUCUGUCCUCGACCUGUAUGAAAUGCAAAGACACAUUCCUCCGGAAAGCAGUUAUUGGCCGUAUAGAGUUUUAUUAAUUUAAGCAAUAAGUGAUUAAAGAAUAUCUUACCUCUGCAAA